AUGUACGUCGCGUGUGUUCCUGUUGCUCCUCGAUACGCCAUCUGCUCGUCAAGGCUUGUCCGAAAGCGACUCCUAUCCGAGUUUUCCUCGGAGGCCACUAAGCUUCCGUCAUACCAACAAGCCAGUUCAUCGAGGCCUUAUGCUGUAAGAUGCUUCCUCGUUCUACUGGUUGGAUUCCAUUGGACCGAUACUGAAAAGCUUUUCCGGUCUAGGACUAAAGGGCCCGGCAAACAUCAGUGCUGA